AUGUGGCCUCUGCCCGCGAUCCACUCCACAGCGACAGCAAGUGGAAGGGACCGAUCCCCGUCUUCCACCUCAAUUCCUCUUUCCCCUGCGCCCCUCCUCCAUGCCCCUGGGCCUGCGGUCACCGUGCUGCCCGCGAGGGUCCCCGCACCACCUGGACCCGCCUGCGCCGAAGGGCAGCCCGGCUUCGGCGGUGCGCUUGAGUCACUGAGUGAGUCACCCCUUGCGGGGUGCCGGACUUUCCUACGGGGAGGAGGCGGAGCCGGGGUGUGGACCGGCCGAGGGUCCGCCCACCGCGACGGCCGAGUGACCGGGUCGGGAGGCGGCGCGGCGCGGCGCGGGGAGGAGAGCGCGGGCGUGCGCGCCGCCCUUUAUAGCGCGCCCCGCGCGGGCUCGGGCACCUCGCUGCGCCCCGCGCCCCGUCCUGCUCCGGCCCCACCGCGCAGCCUCCGACCCGCCGCCGACACAGCCCGGCCGUCCAUGGCGACCCCGGCCCCGCACCGGCUCCCGCGCCAUCACGCCGCCCUCCUGCUCGGCUGGCUCUUGGCCCAGGUGGCCCGUGCUGCAGGUACGCCAGAAAGAGCUUAUAACAUAACUUGGAAAUCAACUAAUUUCAAGACAAUUUUGGAGUGGAAACCCAAGCCUACCCAUUAUGUCUACACUGUUCAGAUAAGCUCCGAGUCAGGAGACUGGAAAAGCAAAUGUUUCUCCAUAUCCGACACAGAAUGCGACCUCACAGAUGUGAUCGUGCAGGACAUAUACCAGACCUAUGAGGCCAGGGUCCUGUCCCUCCUUCCAAGGAGCCUUAAUCACACCGAUUUGGCUGUGGAACCCCUCUUCAUGAACUCCCCCAAGUUUACGCCUUACCUGGAGACAAAACUGGGACGGCCAACAAUUCAGAGUUUUGAACGAGCUGGAACAAAACUAAAUGUAACGGUGCAAGAUGCACGCACACUAGUCAGAAAGAAUGGCACGUUUCUAAGCCUGCGGCAGGUUUUUGGCAAGAACUUAAAUUAUACACUUUUUUAUUGGAAAGCCUCAAGUACAGGAAAGAAAACAGCCAAGACAAACACGAAUGGGUUUUUGAUUGACGUGGAUAAAAUGGAAGACUACUGCUUCAGUGUUCAGGCUCUGAUUCCCUCCCGGAAAACCAACAAGAGCAGCCCAGAGAGCACCACUGAGUGCACGAGCCAUGGGAAAGGCAUAUUCAGAGAAAAGUUCUUCAUCGUGGGAUCGGUGGUGUUUGUGGUCAUCAUCCUCAUCAUCGUCCUGUCCAUCUCCAUCUACAAGUGCAGGCUGGCCAGAGCCAGGCGGACUGCGAAGGAGAGCUCCUUGCUGAAUGUGGCCUAGAGAGGGAGAUUUACAUCUCAUUAGUAUACACGCUGCAUGGCCUGGGACCAAGGCCUCAGAAGAGAGCCACUCUAGAAACACAGGGAGGGUUUGGAACAUGAGGACCCUGCUUUACAAAGGAUCCUCACAUGGCCUGUUACACAGUGAGCACACUGGUUCUGACAUGGCAUUAGUCGCUUUGGAAUGGUACGAGUUAGUUACACUACGGCACCUUUUGCACACACCAUGCACUAACAUUGUAAACUCUAUGCUCAAGAACGACACCAGGUCAUCCAAGCCAAGCCAAUGCACAGAUGCCUUCAGAUAUCCCGGA